UGCGACAUUGAAAAGAGAUCUUAACCUUCGCCGUGGUCGCGCGGUAACUGAGUGAGCACGUCUUCAGUCGCAGUCGGUGAGUGUUCGGUGUUCGCUAAUCGUGCUAAUAGCGGACUUACACCAGCCGGUGAGACGCUGACUCGUGCUUGACCCGCUAGUGAUCAUCCCUGUUGUCCCUCUUUACUCGUGGUGUCAGUUAACUCCCUGUUGUAAACAUGCUCCCCGUAAGGUCUUCGAUCCUUUUCCUGUGUUGUGCUGUGAUAUCUCAAGUUGCGUCCGCGCCCAACAGUCCACCCGCCAAAUUACCAAAAACAUUCAAACGAUGCAAGAAACUAGACCCAAACUUGCCAGACUGCCUAAGAACAGCAGUUCAAGGUGUGAUUCCUGAGUUUGUCAAAGGUGUACCAAGUUUAGGAGUUCUACCAUUGGAUCCUCUGGAACUGAAAACUUUGGUGAUCGAACAAGGAGAUGGCCCUGUUAGCAUUAAACUGGAUUUUAAAGAUUUGUUCAUACAUGGGAUCGCAAGCGCUGUCAUUACCUCUGUAACGUCUAAUCUGAAGAACUACACCAUAAACCUUACAGCAGAACUGAAGAAACCAAUCAUCUUAGAUGGAAUGUACAAUGUUCAUGGUAAAGUUCUGAUCUUGCCGAUCACCGGUACUGGAAAAUGUAAACUAGUGUUAGAGGGAUUCAGAGCAAAGAUUGGUAUCAAAGGAAAAGCCAUCACUAAAAACGGAAUAAAAUACAUGGAAGUACAGACAUUCAAAUUUGGACUGAGCACAACUAAACUUAGGGUGAAAUUAGAAAACUUAUUCAAUGGAGAUAAAGCUUUAGGAGACAAUAUGAAUGUUUUCCUGAAUGAAAACUGGGAAGAUAUUUUAAAAGAACUGCAACCUGGUUUCGAAGAUUCUCUCAGUCAAGCGUUCCUAGAAAUCUCAAACAGAGUAUUUACCAAAGUACCAUUUGAUCAAAUAUUCCUUGAUUGAAUCUAGUUUUAGUGCCUUAAUUUAUUCCUACCAAUUAGCUUUAAGAAAAUAAAAAAAAAAACAGAAAAAUGAAUAAAAAAUAAAAAAGUGAAAAUCGAA